UACGGCUGGGUGCUGUGGAAUAUAACUGUCAAUCUACUGUUUUCCCCUGGAAACUUCCGUAUGUUGACAUUCUUUCCUGGCACCUCCUGUUUUUCCCGUAUUUUAACUUUCAUGAAGAAAAAAUCGUUUCCGGUACUGCCGGAGCAGCACAGCUUCCGGUCCGCUCGGCAACACUCGGGCACCAUCGGCGUAACGCAGGAAAAGCCGGAAAAUCUCCCUUAUUUUCAAAUUUAACUAUGGACAGUCUGCAUCCUGUGCCCACUGAAGCUGCUGCUGCUGCUGAGCAACAGCGUUCUCUCAUUUUGCCAUCAGAAAUGAUGAGACAUCUUGUUAGUGCUGCUGCACGGAUGGAUUGCUGCUCAGCUAGAUAAAUGAGGCAAAAGGAGUGCACAGAAGAGGGUGAAAUUGAGAGAAAAUAGUGGGGUGAAGGGUUAAAAGAUUGCCAAAAAAAAGGGGGGGGGGGGUGUUGAAUGGCAGAGGAGGAGAGGCAGGGGUAGACCACAGAGAGCGAGCUACGCUGCAGUAGAAUGAGGGUCAGAGAGGAAUUGAACUGCCAGCCUUCUGCACCCCACUCAGGAUCCAUCGCAGGCACUACUCGCUCCUCUCCCUGAAGAGGUCGACAAGAGGAAUCCAACGUGGAGGCGAGAAGGAGAAGGAGGAGGGGGGCAGAGGAGGAGAACGCCAGAGGUUCUACACACAAGAUGGCUGCUGUGUCCUCUGCCUCUGACACUGUUUCAACAGGGGACCCAAGGGGCCGCCACCCACCUGAACGCCGGCUGCUCAUCCUCGGGGGGCCAAAAUCUGGUAAGACCUCAUCAGCCAACACCAUCCUCGGUGAGGAGGUCUUUGACGCCAAGACAGAGACCACUCAUAGCAACGUGGGUCAGACGGAGAUCUUCGGCCGUCGGGUCACGGUGGUUGACACGCCCCCAUGGGUCAUCCCCAGCGACGUGGAGGACGAAACCGAAGCGGACGAUAACGGGAACACGGGUGCGGAGUCGGAGAGCCUGCCGAGGCCCCCGCCUAGCCUGGACAGCGAGGGGCCCUGCAUGGGCGCCAUCCUGUGCCCUCCCGGCCCUCAUGCCAUCCUGCUGGUCGUUUCCGUCACUCAGCCUUUCACAGACACCGAGAGGAGGGCUGCGGAGGAGCAGCUGGGGGCCUUGGGGGGAGGAACCUGGAGAUACUCCAUGGUGCUCUUCACUGGGGUGGACAAGUUGCAGAAGGGGGUCUUCAUUGAGGAGCACAUCGCAAACACUGGAGAGAGCCUGCAGUGGCUGGUGGAGAGAUGUGGAAGCAGGUACCAUGCCUUCGACAACAGCUGGAAAGACACGGAGGACAACACGCAGGUACCGGAGCUGAUGGAAAAGGUGGAGGAAAUGAUCACCGACAACCAAGGCUGGUACUUUGAGGUGAACGAGUUGAUCUUGCUAGAGGAGGAGCAGGCGAGGAGAGCCCUGGAGGAGGAGAGGAUGAGGAUGGAGGAGCACGCUAGACAGAGAGAGCAGAUGAUUGGAGGACCCCCAAGAGAACUCAGGUUGCUGUUGUUGGGCUGGAAGGGUGUUGGAAAAAGCUCAGUGGGGAACUCCAUCCUGGGUCGUCGGUACUUCGAGUCAGGCCAGGAGACAGACCUCUGCCUCCGGAGGCAGGCGCUUGUAUCCGGUCGCCGGGUCACCAUCGUGGACACCCCGGGCUGGGACUGGUUCUCAGUGCGGCGCACACCAAAACGCAUCCGUCAGGAGUCGCAGCGUGGCGCUGCCCUCCUGCGACCCGGACCCCACACGCUGCUGCUGGUUCUCCCGGUGGUGUCCUCCCUCACCGCCAGGAAGAGGAGAACGCUUCUGUCCCACAUUGAGACUCUGUUUGGUGACGGCGCCUGCCUCCACACCAUGGUACUGUUCAGUUGCGGCGACUGGCUGGGCCGCACGCCUAUUGAGGAGCACAUACUAAGAGGGGGGCGGGAGCUGCAGAGACUGCUUGAGUACUGUGGGAACUAUUACCACGUCUUGGACAGUAAGACACCCGGCAAGGACAGGAGCGUCUCAAACCUUCUGGAUAAGAUUGAGGAGAUGAUCAGGGAGAACGGUGACAAGGCCUUCCUUCCUGUGCAGACCGAGUGGUUGAGCGAGGAGAGCUCUUACUCGUCCGACAACACUGAGCCCGAGGACGACUGUCGAGGAUGCCAGCUGCAGUGAUGAAGGUGAAGAAAGCAAAGUGGCCCUCUCUGUGCGUGUGCGUGUGUGUGUGUGCGUGUUUACUGUUAUUCUUGAGUAUCCAGUAGGCCCAAACAUAACCUCAUGUACCUUUAGCCUCAUCGAGAUGUUGCUUCUCGACUGUUGUAGGAAAUAGAAGGUAUCGGUGAGCGGUUGGAGCUGUUUGUGAUUAUAUGUACAGAAAGGCUUACUCCUCGCUGUUCAGACUUAUCAUAAGUCUAAUCCGUUGAAUAACAUGAAGGGAUUUGUUUAAGAUGACAUUAUCAGGAGCAGGCAGCUUGUUGUCGUUCAGGACAAAUGAAGGGAAUGUUUCAGUGUGUUUGGCACAUUUCUUGUCAUUUUUACACUCGUUGAUUCCCGCGAAUCAAAAGCUCGAGAGAAAAGGCUUUGGAAAGAGCAACGCUGGAACGCCCCAUUAAAACACGGGCGCCGUGCCAAUGGAUGAAUAACGUCUGCUGGAAUCGACUGCACUUGCCAGUGUUUGUUUGCCUUCCCACAGGAAACCUAAUCUGUCGUGUUACGGGAACUAUGAAUCUUGAGUGAUAUUACAAAU